ACCGCGACUCAUCGAAGACAUGUUACGUUGAUUUAGGUUUUGUUUGAAGGGAAUACUAUCUCGAAAUGCAGUAGCAAGACGUCUAUGCUGAAAUGGCCACAGUAGCCCAAAUUCUAAGACAAGCAGACACCUUGAAAGUGACUCUGUCAGAAUCUGGGAAGACAAUUUCUGAGUUGUGGGUGAGUCGACAGCGGCUGGAGGACCUAUACAAGAAGCUGCUCUUGCUGGACCUGGAAUAUGCCUUGGACAAGAAGGUGGAACAGGACCUGUGGAACCAUGCCUUUAAGAACCAGAUUAAUAUAUUGCAAAUACAAGCCAAAGACAAGCAGAAUGUGAAACGUGGAGAAAAUCAGGCCAGUUUGAAUCUAUUCUUAGAGACUGCCAGUGGAUUUUACUUGCAGUUUCUACAACAGAUAUGUACAACCUUCAAGCUGGACUUACCGUUCAGGCGCAAAUCAUCUGCUUUUGGUGUAAUGAAAGAGAAGUGUUCAGUGAAGAACAAGAUAACCACACCUAAAAAGAGUUCCUGUCUGUAUGUGUGUCAGCACUGUUUAGUGCAUCUGGGAGAUAUAGCCCGGUAUCGACAGCAAGUUGAACAAGCUCAAACCUUCUACAGGCAUGCUGCCAAUCUUGUACCACAGAAUGGACAACCCUACAACCAGCUGGCAAUAUUGGAGGCGGCUCGGGGCAACAAGCUCUCCACUGUUUUCUACUACAUACGCAGUCUGGCAGUGCGACAUCCAUUCCCUGUGGCUGCCACAAACCUGGAGAAGUUUUAUGUCAAACUUACAAGAGAUAUUGGAGAUGUACGUGGGAAGCUGUCCUUAAGUGAAGUGAUUAACUCCCUUUUGCAAUUCACUGCACUUGUUCACUUGACUACAGAUCUUACCAAAGCACAGAGUUUACGAGAGCAUUUAUUAUCAAGCCUCCCAUCACAUGUGACGUCACAGAGCUUAACAAGUACUGUGCUGCUGCAGAUAGUGGCAAUUACAGUGUUCACUCUUAGCCAUGCACAGAAGAACAUAGGGGAUCAGGAUGGAGAAGACAGUCAAUAUAGUAGAGAAGAAGAACUUUGUCUAGAACUCAUCACAACUUUCACAUUGAGUGUUCUGGAUGUUCUGUUACAAGCAACUCCCAAACAGGAGCAGAAAGCCAGAGAGUUCUUCACCCUCACUCCCAUCAAAGUUCUACUUGAUUGGCUCCACCUCAAUCCUCAUGCAUUACGUAAACCACAGCUGACUGAGUCAAGUUUGUGGAUAGGACUGGCUAAGCUUCUGAACAGCAUCCAGUCAGUUGGAGACAAGGAAAAUCCAACAGAUAUGUCAAAAUUUGAUGAUAUCCCGUUGCCAGAAGACUGUGAUCUCCGCUGCUUUCAGCCAAUAGAGAAAGCCCACAGUAGCUACAGUUUCAGUCGAGUACCAGUUGAUGGCCUCCAUCCCAUGCUGCAGUUACAAAUCAGAUGUCACCGCUUACUUAAUCAUGGAAAAUGGUUGGCCCAGCAAGUUGUAGGAAUGAAUUUACUGAACUGCACAACUCUGAAAUCUGGACGUCUUCAGUUCACAACACCAAGUAUUCAUAUCAGAAGUACCGCAGCUGAGACGCACACACCUACUGGAAUUGAGAGGAAGUUUGGACGACAAAAUGUAGCCAUACAGGCUAUCAUUCAGAAGAAGGGAGAUCAUGAAGAGAGUGAAUCCAGGCUUCUGACCAAACAGCUUCCAUCUACUGAAAAGGAUACCAAAGGCAUCUCACAGACUUCAUCUGGACAAUCAUCACCAAAGUAUCUAUUGGGCAUCCCCACAAGUGAACCCCAAUUUAUGAAGCAUGGUAGUGUGAAGACUGUUCCUAACCAACCAUUAUAUCAGCGAUACUCAUCACCAACUGCACAGCAACAACCUUCCACUUUACCUGGGCCAGGUAAGUUUGUGCCUGUGCCCAGGGUCAGCCCUUCUCCACAAGUCCAGAGUAACUACACUGGCAGUGCAGCAUCUACAACUAAUGUGCAACUGUCCCACUUGCACGAACAAUUUAACAUCAAAGGCCACUCUCCACCACCAAUGCAACAGCAGCCAGGUGCUACCAGUGUUUCACAAGGGCUGUCUCAUCAUACCCCGUCACCAAGACUGCCUUAUCCAAAAAUGGACAUGUUCAGAAUGCAAUCUCCAAGACCUGGUCUGCCGCAGAAUGUGACAGCUGCAGAUGUUCCAGCUUUACCAUUAUCACCAGCAGCACAGCAGCAAUUGCGAGCAGCUUUGGCACAAACACCUAUUCCUGGGCAGCCUUUCCACAAUAUGUCGCCCAGUCAGUUACUCCAAGUCAUGAAACUGGCUAAUCAAAUGAUGACAACUGCAAAACAGACAAACUUGAACAGUCAGAUUUCUCCACCAAGUCAACAAACUGCAUUUUCUCAAGCCCCAGGUACAGAAAGAGUUCAAACAUCCCCUAAGGCUCAGACACAACACUCUGGAACACCUAGGAUGCCAAAUUUUCCUACCUUUUCAGGAACACCUGGAUACUCGAAUGUCACUGGGGCUCCAAUGAGACCGCCACCUACAUAUGGAACAUCAAACAUUGCCCCUCUCCAUAAAGAUCCUGGCCAGCAUCCAAUAAAUGCCAGCAUGUAUGGAGGUUUCAACCCACGUACAAUACAGCCUCCUACUCCAGUCAUGAUGGAAACAAGACACACUUCAACAUUUCAAGGUCAUGCUGAAGGUACACCAAAACCCGAGACGUUCAGUUCAGACAGAAGAGAUGGUCAGAAUGGAGGAGGAAAAGGAGUGCCUCAGUCACGGACAUACUCACUUUUUAGUAGUUCUCCAUGGGAAGUACCAUCCUUGGCUGGUGGGGAACCUCGAAGUUUAGGUUCUUCUCCUUUCUCAUCAGCUUCAAGCAGCAUCAGAAACUCUCCAGAUCCGGAAAGUGUUCAGACAGGCCAGACAACAUUUGAUGUAUGCUAUAGUGUACCUGAUGUUACACGCACAGGAGCCUCCCCAAACACUCCUGCUUCAGACCUGACACACCACCAGCAGUAUGGGCCAGGGAACUUACAGUCUAUAUGGUCAUCAUCGGGUCCAUCGCCACUUGAGCGGCUUCUUGAACAACAGAAACAGCAGCGACAGGGUGAUCCUCAUUAGGACUUUGUGAAGACAACUCUUCUUGUUGCUACUACUACUGAGUUCAUAGAUGACAUUAUUCACCAGUUGGAAGUACAUCAAAGAAAAAAAGAUUACCCUUUCUUCCUGGCAACAUUCAUGCAAAGAGCCUAGAUUUGAAUUUUUUUUUCAAGAACAAGGUUUCCAGUAACUUGUCCACUGUCCAUUUUAUGUUUAGUGUCAACAUCACUAUCACUAUGGGUUAGAGAUUUUAAACUUGCAGUACAAAGUUUGGAAAUACAACUUGUGACAUUUUAGCAAAACAGUCAUACUACAGUGUAGGCAUGUUUGUUUAGUCACAGGGAAUUCUUUCAGGUUUUGUCAGAAUUUGACCGCUACCACACUUUGUUCUUGAAAUUCCAAUGACAUCAUCUUAAAUAUAUCAUUUAUGUUCCAAUGAAAUGUUUUGAGACCUUGAUUUGUCAUAUCCAGGGUAAAGGUCAACUUGGAGGGCAUGGCCCGAAAAGUAUUACUGUAGGUCAAUGAAACUUAGUACUUGCCACUACUUGGCAGACCAGUAAAGAUCCGGGGUAGUACAGGUCUUCAGCAACCCAUUCAUGCCGUAAAAGGCGACUAUGCGUGUCGUAAGAGGCAACUAAUUGGAUCGGGUGGUCAGGCUCGCUGACUUGGUUGAUUCAUGUCAUCGUAUCCCAAUUGCAUGGAUUGAUGCUCAUGAUGUCAAUCACUGGAUUGUCUGGUCUAGACUCGAUUAUUUUCAGACCGCAGUCAUAUAGCUGGAAUAUUGCUGAGUGCAACAAAGAAACGCCACAAAACUUGGCAUUCUUAGGGCAGUGCUGUGAUCUGCAAAGGCAGUGAAUGAUCAACAUAUCAGGUCAAGGUCAUAGUGAAGACGAUUAACAAAGUGUAUUUGCCAUACAUACUUCAAAAUGGAAUGAAAUUUCGAACAAGUGUAGUUAGCAGUGCAGCAGUUACUUUGAUUUGAACAUACUGCAAGCUGAAACUAUUAGGGACAUUACUCAGACAUUUUUGUUUAAAAUGUAAUGCAGUUUUUAUAUGUGUAGAUUGUAGUGUGGUCAACACAUGGGUUCGCAAUAUUUUAAAUUUGGACCUUUUUUUUACCUGUGUACUUUGACCAAAGAUGUUGCAAAAUACAUUUCCUUUUAAUGUAAACAUAAUCCACUUAGAAACUACAGGACCACUGAAGCUGAAACUUCCCAAUGAUGACAUCUGAAUUUUUUCAAGAGGUUUGAAUCUGAUUUUCAAUAUGUCCGCCUUGGCAGCCAUGAUGAUUUUUUUUGUUUCAGUAGUAAGUCCCGGUGACAUAACAUAUAUAUAAAUCAGACUGAAAUGAAAGACAAGCUGUAAUGAAAUUUAUCCAAAUAUAUCAUUUCAGACAAUGUUAGAGUACUCUCAGAAAUAAUAUGCAUAUAUAUAUCAGAGCAAACAAAAUACUACCCUAAACUUAUAUAUCAAAUUGUAUGAGUAUGUAUAGUCUGUCUCACAGUCCCAGAACCAUACUAUUUUCCCUUCCGCCCAGCCCUUUCUGUAAUGCAAAAAGCUUUAAAUGAAGCAAGUCUAGAUGUUCCUCAGGUUCAGAAUCUCCCAUCUCACUGGGACUCAGUUAAAAUAAAGUUAUUUGUUUCUGUCAAAAUUAUACAUUUUCAGAGACAAAGCCUUAGUCUAGAGAAUGUAUUAAACUGAUACAUAUGGCAAUGCAUAGAAACUACUUGAAAGAUGCAUGCACAAUUUGAAUGUUAUAAACAAAUCAUUCAAGAUACCAAACUGUUUAUCAACUGCAUGUCAUUUUCAGUUUAAUAGUAAUAGACAUGUAAGUGAAAGGGAAACCGAUAAGGCCUUUUUGUACCACAGGAUCUGCAUAAUUUAAGAAAUAAGCAGAAUGUUUUGACACAGAGAUGAAUGUUGUCAAAUGUGUCCAUAUGUUUGAGAUUAAAUUUAGUUCAUUUCAA